CGCAACGCAACGUGCUUGUCAUUAAUUUGUCAAUGUAUAUUUUUAUAUCAUUUUAUUAAAAAUGCAAUGGCAAGGAAAAAAAUCUAUAGAUUCAUCGGCUAAUAAGAAAAGAAGGAGAAGCGAAUUAUCAAGUUUCUCCGAUAACGCUUUUAUAGAUGUAGAAAUAAGAGAUUUUUGCCCGAAAAGAAUAUUCGAUAUAAUAUUAAUCAACGGUAGUGACGCGGAAUCGGCAGAAAGAUUAAACAAAAUUAUAACUACCGCGAAAAACUAUGAAGAGGUUGCGUUCGUUACCUUCAUAAGAUAUGACGAGGUGUUAGACGUUCUAAAUCAGUUUGAUUACGACGUAAUUUCCGAUAAUUUUAUUAAAAGCCAUAUUAGUAAUUUGAUAGAUGAUAUAGGAAAAUCUUUUAAAUAUUUAGCGCCCGAAAAUUAUCCACCUAUGAGAUUGGCAUUGUUAAUGAAAAUCAAGAUAAUAGAAAUCAUGAGUCGUCACCGUAAAAGAGAAUUAGAGAAAAUCGAAAAAAGACAAAUUUUAUUUCAAGCGUUAGAUUCGCUAACGAAAGAAUGCCGAAAAGGAAAAAAAGAUAGUCGGACACAUACAGAUAAAAAUAAAGAUAAAACUUUCGUUAAGGAUACAACAAAAGGUUACAUAGAUACAGAAAGUGAGGUUAUUUUCGACGACGAUAUCUUUAACCACGUGUGGUUUUAUGUAUUCGAAGGUUUCUUCAAUGUCAAAGUACUUAAUCAAUUCGUAAAUUUAACAAGGGUAUCGCUAACAGCGGCGAUUAAAUUUACAACAGAAACCCAUACAAUAGAAUAUUCCCACUUACACAGAAAAUUCUGGAACGAUUUGGACGAUUAUUUAUACGGUCACAACAGAUUAGAAAAUUUGGAAAAUACUAUACUUAUGACAUUUAAUGCGGACAAUAGAAGCGAUAUUGAAGUAUUCGAAAGCUUGUGGCACGUAAUUAAAAGUAUAUCAAAUAUAAAAAUUCAACAUUUAAAUUAUAUAAGACAUUUAAAAAUAUACGAGAUGGAAAACAAGUAUGAAUAUCUACCGUUGUCGUGUUGCACUACUUACAAUAAAAUUAUGUCUAAUAUUCCGUUGCAGUUAUCGAAUGAAAUUACAAUUUUGAGUAGUAUUUUGGAAGAGACUUGUUUUAGAUUGGACAAAGGGGAUAUAAAUGAUAGGUAUAGUCUCAAAGAAAAUAUUUCGAAGGUGACAUUGCCAUUUUCGAAGGUAGUUUGUACGGAUCCCUGUAACGUUAGCCAGACCGUUACUAAAUCAGAAGAAGACGAUCCUUCACUUGAGAAAACCACAACUUCCUAUCAAUGUUAUGAUGGUGAUUACCUCAAUAUGACCAUAAAUAUGUACAAACCUAUCGGUAAAGUAGUAAACGAUCUUUCUCUGAACGUUUUAAAGAGGUUACGACCGGUUUAUCUUCUGGAUUAUGAUUAUCCACUGUCGGAAUUGAUUCACAAACACGAUGUAGCACCUAGCGUUAGUAAAUCGUUGGAUAAAUCCGAAUAUUUGGAGGAUUUUUUGAAACUUUUGAUUAUAGCUAGUUUUCGUAAAGCGCCAGAGGAAACGACAGCGGAACCUGUUGAUUUUGUAAGUAAUUUAAUUACUUACGACGUAGCUGCUUUCACGAAAAUGUUGCAAGUGAUGCCUUUUGAUGGAGACAGCAGUACCAAGUUUCCAAUCGAUAAAACUUACAGACCCAGCCCCAUGGAUUACUAUUGGAAAGAAACGUAUCCAUCUCAAGUCAUCUUACAGGAAUUAUUGAGAGUCCAAAAUGACUUCAGUUGUAUGGACGCAGUUUAUUGUUCAGAUAUUGAACGUUUGCUGUUAUCGUUCCACGAUGAUUUAGAUGAUUUUGGUAUAAACACCCAAGUUUUUUAUGAAAGUAUCUGUACACCCGUUUGUUUGAGAGAUUUCUGUAGAUACUUGGCUGUCAGUGCAGCUGAUUGGUUGAACGAGAACAAACCUCCGACGUACGUCAGAAAAAUCGAAGAAUCCGAAGAAUGUCCAGGAACGAAGAAAAUUCGCAAGUUGGAUAUAUUCCCAGAAUACAGACAUUUGCUCGAAACGGCCGUAGUAACUGAAGACGAUACUUCGCUUAAAUCUACCGAAGAACCAGUUUCUUCGAAACUGGAAAGUACCACGGAAAAUCACGAAGUGACUUUCGACGAAAUGAUUUCUGAACUAGAAAAUUACCCCAGUAAUAAGAAUUUGAUAUUCGAAUGUUAUAAAUCGGAAUUUUCCAAAGAUUUUCUGGCGUACAAUUUUGCCUCGACGAAAUAUUUCGCUAUUAAAGGAGCUAGGACGACGUUUGCUAGCCACGAUAACGUUAAAUUAAUUGUUAAUAAUACGAAAAUGAUCGAAGAAAAUAACAAAUGUACGGUAAAUCUGAAAUAUAUGAACAAUAAUCUUUUUCUACAUUCUCACGAAAUGUUCAGAGAUUCUUAUUCGUUCCAUUGGCUUUUGGAAGACGGGACAAUUAUCAUGUUCGAGAUAAUAAAAACGAAAAAAAAAUCAGUCAAGAUACCUGAAACAUUCAGUUCCACAAUGAUUGAAGACGAUAUACUGGACGAACCGCAACAUAAAGAAGAAGAAAUCGAUGUCGGCGAAAAAACCGUCAAAACUAUAGACGAAAAACACAUGAAAGAUUUAUUUCCGGAUUCUAAAUCAGAAAACAAAGAGAUAAAAGCUGAAGACGAUUUAGUAGACGAAACGUUCGAUAUUAUACCCAAAGAUAUUUUUCAGGGUUUGAACGAUGCCAUUAGAAAAAAAUUACCGAUUUAUAAGAUACACAAAGAUUACGAAGCUAUUAUGUUGAAGAAUCCCGUAGGACAAAUACCUCUGGUUAAUAUUAUACAAAGAAUAUUAUCUAAUUCUAGAAAGAUCGUAUGUCAAGGGGAAUUUUCCGAUAAUGGUUCGUCGAGAAAGUUCAUUCCCACUAAUAAUAUUCUACCACCUCUGACAGUAUUAGAUGAAAUUUCUUUCAGAAUAACUUUACCUAACGGUAUUUAUCUGACUUGUUAUCCAUCGCAGAUUAGGGAGAAUUUGGUGGAAAUCAAACAGGAGCAAUUAUCUACAGAUGUUAAAUCACUUCGAAUCGAAGAAUUUAGAUUAUUUACCAGAGAAGGGUACAUUUUGAUAAAGAAAAUAGAUGGUUCGAUAAGACUCUUAAUGUCGGACGGGAAUCAAAUAGACUUCGAAAAACCUGAUACUAAUAAUAAAGACAUCCAAAACUCCCCAUUGAAACAAUUCCAUUGCAAAAAUUUCUCGGAUUACAAAAAAAAAUUGAACAAGAUAAUGAAAAACAAAAAAUUAGAAGGGAAUUAUUACAUGAGUCGAAGAGGAUCUUUGAAAACGAAAAAAGGUUACGUCAUCAACAGAGAUAUAGUGAAAGUUUUGGAAAGUUCCAAACUACCAUAUUUAAAAACGACAUUACUCACUUUCGAAGGAAACAGGACCGUAUUGGCCAAAAAUAAAUUAACUCAGAAAAAAUUGUACUAUACUGUAUCGGAAAACGAUUUGGUCAAAGAAGAAAUUUCGUUCGAAAGAAAGGACGGUCUAAAAUGCGUUUGCGAAAAAAACGGUAACAGAAUAGUCGAAUUCAGCGACGGUACAAGAAUAAGUACCUCGGUACGGACUUCGCCCGAACUAGUAGACGGUUACGUUUACGUCGAUUUAUAUUAUAAAUACGAACAUCCUUAUUACGCCACAGUAAUUUACGAAGUGGACGAACUCAUGCGGAUUGUUUUAAAUAACGAUGUUGUACUAGAAAAAACAACAAAUAAAAUAAUCACUUUAACUAUGGAUAAUAUCGUAACAACUGCUGUUAGCGCCGAUGAGGUACGAUUCGUAAAACCGUGCGCUAAAUGUCGACAACAGUAUAUUUGUCUAUUCAACAUCGCGCCUUUUCAUACGAAUUCAAUCGAUUUUUCGGAACAAUUCCUUCACGCUAUUGAUAGUUACGGCAAACAUUUUUUCGUCGAUUACGCCGGCAAUUGUAAAAAUAACGCUUCGUAUAAAAACGGACCUUUAAAUUUGGAAAACUGUAACCACCAAAUUCAAAAUACUUACAAGAGAUUGUUCGCUUUGAAAAAAAGUUUUUACGGUGAAGAGUUUCACACCAACGGAAUGGUUAAUAAUUUGAAAGAGGAACGAAAAAAGAAGGAGAAUACCAAUAUAAUCGAGAGGAAAGUCAAAAGGCAACAAAACGAACAUCUGUUAUUGGAAUUUAAUACCGAACACUUCGAGAGUUUCGCCGAUCGGUAUAUGUCGCAAGCUGUUGUUAGAUCCGAAGUUACUUUGAGUAAAUACAAACAGAUCAAUAUGAGGCCGUUGUACUACAGUACCAACAAAUUUAUAAUAAAAACUUUGACGACAAAUCUGAUAACGAAACUUUUAAAAACUCUCAUGAUUCAUCUAUCGCCGGAUUAUGAAAAUUUCCGACUCAGAUCUCUCCUGCUCGAAUUCGUAAAUGAGAAAGAACUCGAAGCUAUCUCCAAAAGGAAAGCAGCGAUGGAAAGAAAUCGUAAAUUAUUGAUGGAAGCGGAUAAAAAUUGUAGAUGUCUGAAAGUAAAAUCGACGUUUAUGGUGAAGAUAAGACGCUGGCAGGAAGAAUGCGCUAAAUUCAGACAACUUAUAAGAGAACGAUCUAUUCCUCUAUAUUUUCAAUCGGAAUUUUGUCAUCUUGUGAAUGAAUAAAGUUAUUAGAUUC